GGCUCAGCCGCUCCCUGCCCCUCCGCUCGCAGCCGGGCUGGGGACGCCGUGGGCGCCGGAGGCAGGACCAUGGCGCUGCUGGGGCUGGCGCUGCUGGGCGCCCUGCUCGCCUGGCCCGGGGGCCGGGCCCUCGUCCCCCCCGGCGAGCUCAAGCAGCUGUCAGCAGCCGGCAGCAAGUACAUCGACGCCGAGGUGGAGAACGCCAUCAACGGCGUCAAGCAGAUGAAGACCCUCAUGGACAAGACCAGCAAGGACCACCGGGCCGCUUUGCACGACCUGGAGGAGACCAAGCGGCGCAAGGAGGCGGCCGUGCGGCUAGCGCGGGCCAAGGAGCGGCAGCUGGCGGGACGCCGCGAGGCGUGCAACGGCACGGCGCUGGCCCUCUGGGACGAGUGCAAGCCCUGCCUCAAGCGGAGCUGCGUCCGCCUCUACGCCAAGACGUGCCACAGCGGCGCCGGGCUGGUGGGGCGGCAGCUGGAGGAGCUCCUCAACCGCUCGUCGCCCUUCUCCGUCUGGGUGGACGGCGAGCGGGUGGACGCGCUGCUGGAGCGGGACCGGUGGCAGGAGCGGCGCUUCGAGGACCUGGAGGAGCGUUUCAGGCUGCUGGAGGACGGCGUGGGCGACCUGCUGCAGGACGUGGCCCACGUCUACGCCGGCGCCUCCCGCGUCGCCCGGGACCUGCAUCCCGACUUCCCGCAGCUCGGCUUCCCGCAUCCCGGUUUCCCGCAUCCCGGCUUCCCGCAUCCCGGCUUCCACCGCCUCUUCCAGCCGCUGCUGGAGCUGACGCAGCGCAUGUUCGAGGAGGCGCAGCGCGAGCCCUGGCUGCCCCCGCAGGAGUCCCGCAACACGACCGACGGGCGCAUGGUGUGCCGCGAGAUCCGCCGCAACUCCGCCGGCUGCCUGAAGAUGCGGGAUGAGUGCGAGAAGUGCCGGGAGCUGCUGACCAUGGACUGCUCGCAGACGGACCCGGAGCAGAGGCGCCUGCGGGAGCAGCUGGAGGACGCGCUGCGCCUGGCCGAGCGCUUCACCCGCCGCUACGACGAGCUGCUCGGCGCCUUCCAGGCCGAGAUGCUCAACACCACCGGCCUCCUGGAGCACCUCAACCGCCAGUUCGGCUGGGUCUCGCGCCUGGCCAACGCCACGCAGCGCGACGACGGCUUCCUCCAGGUCACCACGGUGCUCUCCAAGGCCCCCAACCCGCAGGACCCGUCGGCAGCGCCGGACACGCAGGUGACGGUGCAGCUCUUCGACUCGGAGCCGCUGGUGCUCACGGUGCCGGGGGCCAUCGCUUGGGACGACCCGCGCUUCAUGGAGCUGGUGGCCGAGCAGGCGCUGCAGCACUACAAGCAACGCGCCCUCGAGUAGCCGCCGCGCUCCUGCCCUCGCCGCGGCUCGGCCGCUGCUGCAUCGCCCGCUCCCCGCUGCCGGGGUCCUGGGGGGCCCAAAUGCAAAAUAAAGGUAGAGUCCAAGCCC